AUGCCGGAGAAGGGUCACGGGAUCCCUUUGAGAAACUCCCGUAAUAAGUGGCUAUCGCGACUUUUACGAUGGUCAGUUUCCUCCAUUUGCUGGACCUCUUAUAUCAUUUAUCGCGGCUGGGUGGUUGGGCAAAUAAAGUUCGAUCCGAGAGAAGGGAAAAUGAUCAUACACCCUAGGAAUAUUUGGACGAAGCGGGUUGCUCUGCUCGUUAAGAUAUUCGCACUGGUCUGUGAUUAUUCUAUCAUAGCAUAUUUAAUUAUGGCGUUUAUUCCGAUGUUUAUAACACCAGAAGAAUCCCUUUUCGAUAACCUCAUAGACGCAAUUGGAGUGCAAAUAUCGCUUUGGAACACCGGUCGUCUUUAUUACUGGCUGAAUAGCCUAUCCUGGAAUCGCUCCUUUGUGAAUCGCGUGAAUGACGUAAUUCGAGUGGACGCUCAUUUGAAAUCAAUCUUGGGUCCACCCACCUUGGAAGGUAUCUCGCUGUUGAUUCUGUAUGUAUUGCACUUGCAAUUUGCUCUGCUGCAGACCUUCAAUCAUCCUUAUAUAAUGGUGAUACUGAACACCCUGCUGCUGGAGUUAGUUUGCAAUGCCUAUGUGGCUUACCAGAUGCUGCUGCUCUCUUGGAUCGCUGCUAUUAAUCGAUUUCUGAAGGACUUCCAACAGGAGCAGCAGCCAAACAGAAAGCAACGCAAGAAGCUCCUUCGGCUGCUGCGGGUAUAUGCCAAAAUCAGCAAUGUCCACCAGGACAUCAAAUUACUCUGGCUUCCAGUGGCAAGCAUGCUUUUCUCGAAUAUUGUGGAGCUGGUGGAUAAUUGGUCUUCCAUUAUCGGAUGCUUGUUUUUCCACCACCUGAAUGUGAUGGAGAAAUGGAGCAUCAUUUUCUGGAAAUAUCUGGGCGGUGCACUGGCACCCUUGUUGAGGAUUCUACUCAUUGGUCUGUUCAAUGACCGAUUGGUCCAAGUGCAGGGCUUUCUUAAUUUUCAGCUUCUGUUAAUCGACCUAAGACAUGAAAAAACUAAACAGCAGGAUAUGAGCUUUACCAGUGAGCUCAAAAAUCUGCAAACCUGUUUCGAUCUCCAGCUCAGGGCACAGCCCAUUAGAAAUCAGAUUAUGAGUGUUAAUCAGGUGUGCGGACGUCCUUUCGUCCUGAAUUUCUUCUUCUGUACAGUGCUGAAUUCCAUUAGCUGCGUUCAGUAUAUUAUGGCAAAUGGCCAUAAACUAUUAUAA